GCCAUGAAGGUGGUGGGAGUGAAGGCUCACACGGAGCACGACAAGCGGCAGGUCUUACUGGAUCUAUACAUUAGGUACGCAGCUGCCGCAGCACCCCAUACUGCAUGCCCGUCCACAAUGCCUCUGUGAUGUAGAGCACAUCCAUCAUCUGUAGCAGCAGCGUGACAGUUAAAUCAUCUUCCUGUUUCCUCUUCUCUUCUCUCCUCACCUCUCUCUUCUCUGCAGCUAUGCAGGUGAUGUGGAGAUCAAUGUGGGAAUCAAAAAGUACUUUUGCAAAGCAGGAGUGAAUGGAAUACAGGUAAAGAGAGAAAUAACAGUGUGGCUGGGGAGUGGGAGUGUUUGAGAAAAAGGUUCCCAAAUUCUUCUCCAAAGCUAACCUAAUAUCCUUGUCUUUAUUUCUCCUUCUCCCCCCCCCCCUCUCUUAUUAUCUCUCUCAUUAACUCAUUAUCUCUCUCUCCCCCCUCCCCCCUCUUUCUCCCUCCCUUCUGCUCUCUCUCUGUAGCUACAUGGGAAAUUGAGGGUGAUCCUGGAGCCCCUGAUUGGGGAUGUGCCUCUGGUGGGAGCCAUCACCAUGUUCUUCAUCCACAGACCUGUGAGUCUCUGUUACCGAUCACUUAAUUCCUUUGUUUGUUAGUUCGUCCAUCCAUCCAUCCAUCCAUCCAUCCAUCCAUCCAUCCAUCUAUUCAAUUAAUUCAUUAAUUCAUUAAUUCAUUCGAUGCUGCCUUCUCAUUGUUGUUGACAUUUCUCUGCUUUCACAGAAGCUGGACAUCAACUGGACUGGGCUGACCAACAUACUGGAUAUCCCUGGACUCAAGUGAGUGAGAGGGCUCCUAUUGCCUUUCUCAAAGUACUUAUAUAGUACUGUGGAUCCACGUGUUAUGCUGUUAGUACUGUAUAUGUUAGUAUUACUUCAGGGUGAUGACCUAACUUAGCAAGGCAUUGUCCUUGCUCACAUGUGUGUAGAUAAGACAUGCAUCUAGGCAUCUAGUUGUCUGAUAAUACAAUGAAAUCAUUGUCAGUGCAGUGUUUAGUUGCUAACAUCAUAAAUUCAAAUAUUCCUGGCAAUAUGUUUCUAUUUAAUUGUAUUCAACUUAGAAAUCACAUUUAGCUUAAAAUGAUUUAAUGGGAAAUGUCCCCUGCCUCAGCCACAUCCUUACUCAAUGGGGUUUCCUCAUUGUUUACUAGUUUAAUGCAUGUUCCUGUCAGCAGUAGAAUGUAGUCUUUGUCUAUGUGUGUGUUUCCCACCUCUUUGUCCCAUCCCAACGCCUCCCUGCAUUCAUUUACAGUGCCAUGUCGGACACGAUGAUAAUGGAUGCUAUAGCCUCAUACCUGGUCCUCCCCAACCGCCUCACUAUCCCCCUGGUGGCCAACCUGCACAUUGCGCAGCUCCGCUCCCCUCUCCCACGGGUAACCUUACUGACAUUCUAAAUCAUCUGUCAUGGAGAGUCACUGACUCACUGACUCACUGACUGACUGAAGCAUUUACCAAACAUAACAGAUGGACUGACCCUACUUGUAUGAUUGACAGAGAUAAACACAUAGCUACAGGUUGUCCAGAAACAGUGGACAGCCAAGUGUUCCUGCUGUAGACUCUGUAUUAAUCAUGCCUCUCUGUAUGUCCGUCAGGGAGUGGUGCGUAUCCACCUAUUGGAAGCUGAGGAGCUGACAGCCAAGGAUACGGUCAUUAAGGGGAUAAUAGAUGGGAAGUCGGAUCCGUACGCUGUUCUGCGUGUGGGGACCCAGACCUUCACAUCACACACCGUGGACAACAACCUCAACCCACAGUGGAGAGAGAUGUUUGAGGUGAGAGCGAGAGAGAGACAGUGAGAGACAGAGCGAGACGGAGAGCGAGGGAGUGAGAGAGAGGGAGUGAGAGAGAAGUUUGAGGUGAGAGAGCGAGAGAGAGAGAGACGGAGAGCGACAGAGAGAGAGGGAGUGAGAGGUGUUUGAGAGAGAGAGAUGUUUGAGGUGAGAGAGAGAGAGAGAGUGAAAGAGAUGUCUCAGUGUCCUUAGUCCUGGAGUUAAACAGCUUGGUUUGUUUUACUCUGCAGAUUCCCACAAAAAGGAGGCCUGCAUAUUGCAGAGAUACCACUUUAGUGAACUAUAUACAAAUAUUUACAGAGAUGGGAGCAGAUCAGCAUAUUAUGGGUGUCCCAAAUGGCACCCUAUCUCCUAUAUAGUACACUACAUUUCAGCAGAGCCAUACGGGCCCUGGUAAAAAAAAAAGGAUUAUAUAGGGAGUAAGAUGCCAUUUGGGGCACAGCAUAUUGUUACAGCAGGACGCAUACUGCAACACAUUAUGACCGACCAGCGACCAGCUCUUCCUCAGGCAGUGUGUUCUGUUACUGCUGACAAAGGGAAGCUGUAGGUUUGUAGAGAGAUGAGUGAGAUGUAAAGAGAUGCGCAGAAUUGACCAAACAUCGGUGUUAGCUACUUAACUCUGCUGUGUCAUGGGACAUGAACAGUCUUGCACAAGGCUUAGAGUAUGUCUUAUAGUAUGGGCUUUGGGGCUGUGGAGAGAAACACUGAUGCUAUGGACAUUGGGGCUGUUGAGAGAAACACUGGUGCUAUGGACAUUGGGGCUGUUGAGAGAGACACUGGUGCUAUGGACAUUUGGGCUGUUGAGAGAAACACUGGUGCUAUGGACAUUGGGGCUGUUGAGAGAAACACUGGUGCUAUGGACAUUGGGGCUGUUGAGAGAAACACUGGUGCUAUGGACAUUGGGGCUGUUGAGAUAAACACUGGUGCUAUGGACAUUGGGGCUGUUGAGAUAAACACUGGUGCUAUGGGCUUUGACCAUUGUGACUAUGUGCAUGUCUGUGUUACUGCUACUGUUACUAUUGUGUCAUCUGUGAUUGUGAUUACAUGUGUAUAUGUGUUUGUUUAUAUAUGUGUGUCAGGUGAUUGUCCAUGAAGUGCCUGGUCAGGAGUUGGAGGUGGAGGUGUUUGAUAAAGACCAGAACCAGGAUGACUUCCUGGGCAGGUAGCGCCCAACUCACUCACUGACUGUGUCUGUAAUGGCACCCCAUUCCCUAUUUAGUUUAAUACCUUUGACUGGUUAUAGUAAAGACUAGUGCAUUAUAUAGGGCAGUGUUUUACAAUCUUGGUCCUGGGGACUCAAAGGAGUGCACAUUGUUUUUACCCUAGCACUAACACAUUCGAUUCAACUCAACGUCAAGCUUUUAAUUAUUUGAAUCAGGUAUGUUAGUGCUAGGGCAAAAACAAUAAUGUGCACCCCUUUGGGUCUCCAGGACCAGGAUUGGGAAACACUGCCCUAUGUAGUGCACUAGUUUUGGCCAGAUUCUUAUGCCCUACUCUGGUCAAAAGUAGUGCACUAUAUAGGGAAUAGGGUGCCAUUUGGGAUGCACUGACUCACUCUCUUUGUUGGUUAUGUCAUCUAAUUCAUUGUUACAAAUUUACUGUGUACCACUGUAUGUUGUAAUGUACAUUUUACAUGUUCCUUUAUCUUCCUCUUUCUCUCGCCUCUUUCUUUCUCUCUCUUUCUCUCUCUCUCUCUCUCUCUCUCUCUCUCUCUCUCUCUCUCUCUCUCUCUCUCUCUCUCUCUCUCUCUCUCUCUCUCUCUCUCUCACUCUCUCUCUCUCAGGGUUAAAAUGGAUCUAGAUGUCGUGCACAAGGCCAGAGUUCUAGAUGAGGUGAGUUACAAGCGCUCCUUAACCAUUCACCAUUCACCAUAGGCCGUAUCGUCAACAGGGAGGGAUGACCCCAUUGAUUCAAUCCUAUCACACCUAGAGUACUGUCCAGUUAUAUGGUCAUCUGCAGCAAAGAAAGAUAUAAAAAAGCUCAAAAUCGCUCAAAACAGGGCUGCCAGAUUAGCUCUUCAUUGCUCUAUCCGUAUGAAUAUUGUCCAAAUGCAUCAGAAUCUCAUGGCUUCACGUUGAAAACAAAUUACUAUCCAGUCUUCUGAUUUUCUUUAGGAAUGUUAUAUAUUUUUUUAAAACACAGUAUUUUUCAGACCAGUUAGUACAUACUAGCAACACGCAUAACCACCAAAUCAGACAGGUCAAUUCAGGGCAUCUAAGACAACCCAAGCCAAGGACAAUUCACCUUAAAUCUACAGUUGUAUAUAGAGCCAUAGCUGAAUGGAACUCUUUACCAAUCCAUAUUUCUCAGGCAAAAAGUAAAUCCACCUUCAAGAAAAAACUAAAAGACCAUCUAAUGCGAUAGACCAUAUGACUGGACAGGAAAUAGAAAGCAUCAACUGAAUGUUAAAUGUGUUACCUGUCAGGUAUUUUAAUUGUCUGUAUUGUCUACUUGUAAAAUGUUUGUAAAGUCUUAAUUUGUAAUGUUACAUUUUUUUGUGUUAUUUUAUAUUCUUUCGGGGGUAGAUCAGCUUUAAUAUUGCAAAUAGAUUGUAACUUCCAUCAAUGUAAUUGUCUGAAUAACUUCCAAUCCCCCAUAUGUUUUCUUUCUCGCAAAUAUAUACUGUAUAUACAGUGGGGGAAAAAAGUAUUUAGUCCGCCACCAAUUGUGCAAGUUCUCCCACUUAAAAAUAUGAGAGAGGCCUGUAAUUUUCAUCACAGGUACACGUCAACUAUGACAGACAAAUUGAGAAUUUUUUUUCCAGAAAAUCACAUUGUAGGAUUUUUAAUGAAUUUAUUUGCAAAUUAUGGUGGAAAAUAAGUAUUUGGUCACCUACAAACAAGCAAUAUUUCUGGCUCUCACAGACCUGUAACUUCUUCUUUAAGAGGCUCCUCUGUCCUCCACUCGUUACCUGUAUUAAUGGCAGCUGUUUGAACUUGUUAUCAGUAUAAAAGACACCUGUCCACAACCUCAAACAGUCACACUCCAAACUCCACUAUGGCCAAGACCAAAGAGCUGUCAAAGGACACCAGAAACAAAAUUGUAGACCUGCACCAGGCUGGGAAGACUGAAUCUGCAAUAGGUAAGCAGCUUGGUUUGAAGAAAUCAACUGUGGGAGCAAUUAUUAGGAAAUGGAAGACAUACAAGACCACUGAUAAUCUCCCUCGAUCAGGGGCUCCACGCAAGAUCUCACCCCGUGGGGUCAAAAUAAUCACAAGAACGGUGAGCAAAAAUCCCAGAACCACACGGGGGGACCUCGUUAAUGACCUGCAGAGAGCUGGGACCAAAGUAACAAAGCCUACCAUCAGUAACACACUACGCCGCCAGGGACUCAAAUCCUGCAGUGCCAGACGUGUCCCCCUGCUUAAGCCAGUACAUGUCCAAGUUUGCUAGAGUGCAUUUGGAUGAUCCAGAAGAGGAUUGGGAGAAUGUCAUAUGGUCAGAUGAAACCAAAAUAUAACUUUUUGGUAAAAACUCAACUCGUCGUGUUUGGAGGACAAAGAAUGCUGAGUUGCAUCCAAAGAACACCAUACCUACUGUGAAGCAUAGGGGUGGAAACAUCAUGCUUUGGGGCUGUUUUUCUGCAAAGGGACCAGGACGACUGAUCCGUGUAAAGGAAAGAAUGAAUGGGGCCAUGUAUCGUGAGAUUUUGAGUGAAAACCUCCUUCCAUCAGCAAGGGCAUUGAAGAUGAAACGUGGCUGGGUCUUUCAGCAUGACAAUGAUCCCAAACACACCGCCCGGGCAACGAAGGAGUGGCUUCGUAAGAAGCAUUUCAAGGUCCUGGAGUGGCCUAGCCAGUCUCCAGAUCUCAACCCCAUAGAAAAUCUUUGGAGGGAGUUGAAAGUCUGUGUUGCCCAGCGACAGACCCAAAACAUCACUGCUCUAGAGGAGAUCUGCAUGGAGGAAUGGGCCAAAAUACCAGCAACAGUGUGUGAAAACCUUGUGAAGACUUACAGAAAACGUUUGACCUGUGUCAUUGCCAACAAAGGGUAUAUACCAAAGUAUUGAAACUUUUGUUAUUGACCAAAUACUUAUUUUCCACCAUAAUUUGCAAAUAAAUUCAUUAAAAAUCCUACAAUGUGAUUUUCUGGAAAAAUAAUUCUCAUUUUGUCUGUCAUAGUUGACGUGUACCUAUGAUGAAAAUUACAGGCCUCUCUCAUCUUUUUAAGUGGGAGAACUUGCAUAGUUGGUGGCUGACUAAAUACUUUUUCCCCCCACUGUAUAUAUAAAUACACACAUAUAUAUAUAUAUAUUUUUUUUUACAUUUUAGUCAUUUAGCAGACGCUCUUAGCCAAAGCAACUUACAGUUAGUGAGUGCAUACAUUUUCAUACUGGCCCCCCGUGGGAAACGAACCCACAACCCUGGCAUUGCAAGCACCAUGCUCUACCAACUGAGCUACAGGGAACUACGUAUAUACAGUGAGGGAAAAAAGUAUUUGAUCCCCUGCUGAUUUUGUACGUUUGCCCACUGACAAAGAAAUGAUCAGUCUAUAAUUUUAAUGGUAGGUUUAUUUGAACAGUGAGAGACAGAAUAACAACCAAAAAAUCUAGAAAAACACAUGUCAAAAAUGGUAUAAAUUGAUUAGCAUUUUAAUGAGGGAAAUAAGUAUUUGACCCCCUCUCAAUCAGAAAAAUGUCUGGCUCCCAGGUGUCUUUUAUACAGGUAACGAGCUGAGAUUAGGAGCACACUCUUAAAGGGAGUGCUCCUAAUCUCAGCUUGUUACCUGUAUAAAAGACACCUGUCCACAGAAGCAAUCAAUCAAUCAGAUUCCAAACUCUCCAUGAUGGCCAAGACCAAAGAGCUCUCCAAGGAUGUCAGGGACAGGAUUGUAGACCUACACAAGGCUGGAAUGGGCUACAAGACCAUCGCCAAGCAGCUUGGUGAGAAGGUGACAACAGUUAGUGUGAUUAUUCGCAAAUGGAAGAAACACAAAAUAACUGUCAAUCUCCCUCGGCCUGGGGCUCCAUGCAAGAUCUCACCUUGUGGAGUUGCAAUGAUCAUGAGAACGGUGAGGAAUCAGCCCAGAACUACAUGGGAGGAUCUUGUCAAUGAUCUCAAGGCAGCUGGGACCAUAGUCACCAAGAAAACAAUUGGUAACACACUACGCCGUGAAGGACUGAAAUCCUGCAGCGCCCGCAAGGUCCCCCUGCUCAAGAAAGCACAUAUACAUGCCCGUCUGAAGUUUGCCAAUGAACAUCUGAAUGAUUCAGAGGAGAACUGGGUGAAAGUGUUGUGGUCAGAUGAGACCAAAAUGGAGCUCUUUGGCAUCAACUCAACUCGCCAUGUUUGGAGGAGGAGGAAGGCUGCCUAUGACCCCAAGAACACCAUCCCCACCGUCAAACAUGGAGGUGGAAACAUUAUGCUUUGGGGGUGUUUUUCUGCUAAGGGGACAGGACAACAUCACCGCAUCAAAGGAACGAUGGACGGGGCCAUGUACCGUCAAAUCUUGGGUGAGAACCUCCUUCCCUCAGCCAGGGCAUUGAAAAUGGGCCGUGAAUGGGUAUUCCAGCAUGACAAUGACCCAAAGCACACGGCCAAGGCAACAAAGGAGUGGCUCAAGAAGAAGCACAUUAAGGUCCUGGAGUGGCCUAGCCAGUAUCCAGACCUUAAUCCCAUAGAAAAUCUGUGGAGAGAGCUGAAGGUUCGAGUUGCCAAACGUCAGCCUCGAAACCUUAAUGACUUAGAGAAGAUCUGCAAAGAGGAGUGGGACAAAAUCCCUACUGAGAUGUGUGCAAACCUGGUGGCCAACUACAAGAAACGUCUGACAUCUGUGAUUGCCAACAAGGAUUUUGCCACCAAGUACUAAGUCAUGUUUUGCAGAGGGGUCAAAUACUUAUUUCCCUCAUUAAAAUGCAAUUCAAUUUAUAACGUUUUUGACAUGCGUUUUUCUGGAUUUUGUUGUUGUUAUUCUGUCUCUCACUGUUCAAAUAAACCUACCAUUAAAAUUAUAGACUGAUAAUUUCUUUGUCAGUGCAAAAUGUACAAAAUCAGCAGGGGAUCAAAUACUUUUUUUCCUCACUGUAUACAUAUAAUUUUUAUAUAUACAUAUCCUUUAAAAAAAAAUAUUUCCCUUUAUUACUUUCCAACCCCACCACCCCUUCCCUAAUUGGAGUAAACUAGUGAACAACAACGCUUAGGCCUCUACUUCCAGCUUAUACAUACUAUAUACAUAUUGUGGAAACAGUCAAUUUUACUAUAAUUCUACUUUGUUUGUUUUUACUCCUGAACUUCCUCUACCUUCAACCUCUUCGAUCAUUUUCAUGAUGUCCAUCUGGUUUGCUUCUAUAUGCCAUAUCUUUCUAACUGUGCUCUUUCACAAAAGCUCUCAACCUAUAACCUAUAUACUUAUUAUGGACACAGUAUGCUUUACAUUAGUUAUCUUGUUGUUAUUAUUUGUUGUUAGUUGUUAUUAGUUCCAUCCUUCAGCUCCAUUUAACACCUCCCCUUUAUCUCUUAACACCAUCCAUAUUGGAUUUCUAUUUGCCAUAUAUUCUUCAACUGUACUGUGAUAUUUCACAAAAGUUUUGAACCUUUCUAUUUUCAUUGUUUCUACAGAUUGUAAAUUGAAAAUAAACAUUUUUGCUAAAAGUAUUAUUAUAUAUAUUUGACUAUGACUUUUCAGAUCACCCAGUAGUGCUAUCUGCAGGGUUAGCUCCAGGUAAAUAUUGGAAUCCCUGGACCUGUGACCAAAAAAAAGCUACAAAUGGACAGUACCAAAACAAAUGAUCAAAUUAUUCUGUCUCUUCGCAGCAAAAUCUGCAGAGCUGGGAAGAUUGUAUCCCCCAUAUAAAUAACAUUCUAUUGGUAGCAAGAAUUUUGUAUAAUAAUUUAAAUUGAACAAUUCUAAGUUUUGAAUCCGGCGUCGUUUUGCAUAUCAGUUCAUAAACACUAUGCCAUGGAAUCGGUACUUCAAAAAUCUCUUCCCAACUAUUUUGCAAUAUAUAUGGGACAGCUGUCAAUCCUUUGGUCCUUAAAUGAAACUGGUAUACAUUUUUAUUUAUCACAAUUUUCUUUAACCAAUUAUGUUCUUUAAUGCAGGACCGACAGACAAGUUCCUUACUUUUUCCCCCUUCCAAAUGUGUAAUUGUUUUUAAUGUCUUAUUAAUUGGUGUUGGACCCCAGGGAGAUUAGCUAACAUUACGGCGUUAGCUAAUGGGGAUCCUAAUAGAAAUUCACAAAAUUCACAAAUAUACAGUGCAUUCGGAAAGUAUUCAGACCACUUCCCUUUUUCCACAUUUUGUUACAUUACAGCCUUAUUGUGAAAUGGAUUAAAUAAAUCCUCAUCAACCUACACACAAUACCCCAUAAUGACAAAGUUUUUGCAAAUGUAAUAAAAAUAAAAACAGAAAUACCUUAUUUACACAAGUAUUCAGACCCUUUGCUAUGAGACUCGAAAUUGAGCUCAGGCGUAUCCUGUUUCCAUUGAUCAUCCUUGAGAUGUUUCUACAACUUGAUUGGAGUCCACCUGUGGAAAAUUCAAUUGAUGGACAUGAUUUGGAAAGGCACACACCGGUCUAUAUAAGGUCCCACAGUAUAUGUCAGAGCAAAAACCCAGUCAUGAGGUCGAAGGAAUUGUCCGUAGAGCUCUGAGACAGGAUUGUGUCGAGGCACAGAUCUGGGGAAGGAUACUAAAACAUUUCUGCAGCAUUGAAGGUCCCCAAGAACAGUGGCGUCCAUCAUUCUUAAAUGGAAGAUGUUUGGAACCACCAAAACUCUUCCUAGAGCUGGCCACCCGGCCAAACUAAGCAAUCGGGGGAGAAGGGCCUUGGUCAGGGAGGUGACCAAGAACCCGAUGGUCACUCUGACAGAGCUCCAGAGUUCCUAUGUGGAGAUGGGAGAACCUUCCAGAAGGACGACCAUCUCUGCAGCACUCCACCAAUCAGGCCUUUAUGGUAGAGUGGCCAGACAGAAGCCACUCCUCAGUAAAAGGCACAUGCCACCCCGCUUGGGGUUUGACAAAAGGCACCUAAAGGACUCAGACCAUGAGAAACAAGAUUGAACUCUUUGGCCUGAAUGCCAAGCAUCAUGUCUGGAGGAAACCUGGAACCAUCCCUACGGUGAAGCAUGGUGGUGGCAGCAUAAUGCUGUGGGGAUGUUUUUCAGUGGCAGGGACAGGGAGACUAGUCAGGAUCGAGAGAAAGAUGAACGGAGCAAAGUACAGAGAGAUCCUUGAUGAAAACCUGCUCCAGAGCGCUCAGGACCUCAGACUGGGGAGAAGGUUCACCUUCCAACAGGUCAACGACCCUAAGCACACAGCCAAGACAAUGCAGGAGUGGCUCCGGGACAAGUCUCUGAAUGUCCUUGAGUGUCCCAGCCAGAGCCCGGACUUGAACCCGAUUGAACAUCUCUGGAGAGACCUGAAAAUAGAUGUGCAGCGACGCUCCCCAGCCAACCUGACAGUGCUUGAGAGGAUCUGCAGAGAAGAAUGAGAGAAACUCCCCAAAUACAGGUGUGUCAAACUUGUAGCGUCAUACCCAAGAAGACGCGAGGCUGUAAUCACUGCCAAAGGUGCUUCAACAAAGUACUGAGUAAAGGGUCUGAAUACUUCUGUAAAUGUGAAAUUUCAGUUUUGAAUUAUUACAUUUGUUAAAAUUUCUAAAAACGUGUUUUGGCUUUGUCAUUAUGGGGUAUUGUGUGUAGAUUGAUGAGGGGGGGAAAACAAUGUAAUCCAUUUUUUAAUAAGGCUGUAACGUAACAAAAUGUGGAAAAAGUCAACGGGUCUGAAUACUUUCCGAAUUUGUUCUUCAUCUUAUGUACCUAAAGUGAGUCUGACAUCCCAAUAGGUUCAAUAAAAGGUGAUCUACUUUAACUAUUUAGAAGCAGCUUCUGGUCAAUUAGCAUUUUAACAUAUACUAGCUGUUUUCUGUAUCUCGUAUAGAGAGUAAAAGUUCCAUUGUGUGUAAAGGGCACUGAGCUGGAAUGAAGACUACCCUGAGACAUGGGUCAGAAUGAAGGCUGAAUCUGGUAAUUCCUUCAAACAGCAAGUGUCAUGCAGACCCCAUGUACCUCCCUCCUCGUGAUCUCCUGCUGGCUCAGUCUGUGCUCACCAUUUCACCACAAUAACAUUAUACCCCUUCAUGACUCUCAGUGUUUUAGUCCAUUUCACCACAAUAACAUUACACCCCUCUAUUACUCUCAAUGGUUUAGUCGGGGGUUAGUCAAUAUGUAUGUUCAAGAUCGACUACAUGUCAGUUGGGCUAUAUCCAGUGGAGGCUGCUGAGGGGAGGACGGCUCGUAAUAAUGGCUGGGGUGGAGUCAAUGGAAUGGUAUCAACCACAUGAAACCACCUGUUGGAUGUGGUUGAUACCAUUCCAUUGACUCCAUUCCAGCCAUUGUUAUGAGCCGUCCUCCUCUCAGCAGCCUUCACUGGCUGUAUCAUAUUUAUGUGGUUUCUGAAAUGUUAAAACAUCCUUUCAGUCGUGAAGGUCUGGUGCACUGCUCAGCCUCACUGCAAUUCUCAAACAUGCACAGUCUCUCUUUAACCCCCCCCCCCCCUUUUCUCUCCUAGUGGUUCAAGCUGAAGGAUGUUACAUCAGGCAGUGUUCACCUCCGCCUGGAGUGGCUCUCUCUGCUGUCCUCUGCUGACCGACUCAGUGAGGUGUGUCCAUAGCGCAGUAGUUUGUAAACAAAGAUGCUGUUUAAUAAUAAUAAUAAUAAUUAGUCAUUUAGCAGACGCUCUUAUCCAGAGCGACUUACAGGAGCAAUUAGGGUUAAGUGCCUUGCUCAAGGGCACAUCGACAGAUUUUUCACCUAGUGGGCUCGGGGAUUAGAACCAGCGACCUUUCGGUUACUGGCACAACGCUCUUAACCACUAAGCUACCUGCCGCCCUUUAAAUAUUGAGCUGUAUCAUUUUGCCUUCAAGCACUCUUCAGUUUUCACUUUUUUGCUUUGAUCAGGUAAAUCAUAAUCAUAUACCUCAAACACCCUUCUCUGUUUUCCCAUGUGAUCAGGUUAUCCAGAGGAACCAAAAUAUGACCAGUAAGACUGCUGACCCUCCCUCUGCAGCCAUCCUGUCUGUCUACCUGGACCGCGCUCAAGACCUGCCUGUAAGUACUGACUGACAGUAGCCAUGUUCCAGGACGUCUUUAUUGCAGUCGUACUGCACAGAUGAUCAGAACUCACCAUGCCUAGGGAAGUGUUUAACUUCUCAGGAACUGUAGUAAAGACGACCUGGAACGCAACCUGACUGGUUCUGGUCUACAGUCUGUCCUCAGGUAGCCUAGCGGUUAGAGGGUUCGAAUAAAAAUCGUUCAAUGUGCCCUUGAGCAAGGCACUUAACCCUCAUUUGCUCCAGGGGUGCCGUACUACUAUGACUGAUCCUGUAAAACCAAACAUUUCACUGCACCUACCCGGUGUAAAAUACAAUUUCCCCCCUUUUGUUUAUGUUAGUGUGUAUUAUUUCAGUGUUAUAUGUUGUCUUUCAGAGGAAGAAGGGCAAUAAGGACCCCAGCCCUAUGGUGCAGCUGUCUGUACAGGACACAACCAAGGAGAGUAGGGUAGGAAUUCACUGCCACACACCCUCAGAGAGCCUGACUGUAACCAUUCUACCUAACCUAACUGUAGUGUAUGUCUCAUAUGUUGUAUCACAUAUACUGGAUAACGUCUUCCCUCUUGUCCCUAGACUUGUUAUGGGAUCAGAGGGCCUUACUAUUAACAUUCUACCUAACCUAUAAUAUAAUAUAAUAAUAAUAAUAAUAAUAAUAAUAAUAAUAAUAUAAUGAUAAUUACAGUACCAGUCAAAAGUUUGGACACACCUACUCAUUCCAGGGUUUUUCUUUAUUUUUACUAUUUUCUACAUUAUAGAAUAAUAGUGAAGACAUCAAAACUAUGAAAGAACACAUAUGGAAUCAUGUAAUAACCAACAAAGUGUUAAACAAAUCCAAAUAUAUUUUAGAUUUGAGAUUCUUUAAAGUAGCCACCCUUUGCCUUGAUGACAGCUUUGCACACUCUUGGCAUUCUCUCAACCAGCUUCAUGAGGUAAUCACCUGGAAUGCAAUUAACAGGUGUGCCUUGGUAAAAGUUAAUUUGUGGAAUUUCUUUCCUUCUUAAUGUGUUUGAGCCAAUCAGUUGUGUUGUGACAAGGUAGGGGUGGUAUACAGAAGAUAGACCAAGUCCAUAUUAUGGCAAGAACAGGUCAAAUAAGCAAAGAGAAACGACAGUCCAUCAUUACUUUAAGACAUGAAGGUCAGUCAAUUCGGAACAUUUCAAGAACUUUGAAGGUUUCUUCAAGUGCAGUCGCAAAAACCAUCAAGCGCUAUGAUGAAACUGGCUCUCAUGAGGAUCGCCACAGGAAUGGAAGACCCAGAGUUACCUCUGCUACAGAGGAUAAGUUCAUUAGAGUUACCAGCCCCAAAAAUUGCAGCCCAAAUAAAUGCUUCACAGAGAAACAAGUCACAGACACAUCUCAACAUCAACUGUUCAGAGGAGACUGUGUGAAUCAGGCCUUCAUGGUCGAAUUGCUGCAGAGAAACCACUACUAAAGGACCCCAAUAAGAAGAAGAGACCUGCUUGGGCCAAGAAACACGAGCAAUGGACAUUAGACCGGUGGAAAUCUGUCCUUUGGUGUGAUGAGUCCAAAUUUGAGAUUUUGGGUUCCUUUGUGAUACGCAGAGUAGGUGAACGGAUGAUCUCCGCAUGUGCGGUUCCCACUGUGAAGCAUGGAGGAGAAGGUGUGAUGGUGUGGGGGUGCUUUGCUGGUGACACUGUCAGUGAUUUAUUUAGUCUGUGAUUUAUUUAGAAUUCAAGGCACACUUAACAUGCAUGGCUAACGCAGCAUUCUGCAGCGAUACGCCAUACCAUCUGGUUUACGCUUAGUGGGACUAUAAUUUGUUUUUCAACAGAACAACGACCCAACACACCUCCAGGCUGUGUAAGGGAUAUUUGACCAAGAAGGAGAGUGAUGGAGUGCUGCAUCAGAUGACCUGGCCUCCACAAUCACCCGACCUCAACCCAAUUGAGAUGGUUUGGGAUGAGUUGGACCGCAGAGUGAAGGAAAAGCAGCCAACAAGUGCUCAGCAUAUGUGGGAACUCUUCAAGACUGUUGGAAAAGCAUUCCAGGUGAAACUGGUUGAGAGAAUGCUAAGAGUGUGCAAAGCUGUCAUCUACAGUGGGGAAAAAAAGUAUUUAGUCAGCCACCAAUUGUGCAAGUUCUCCCACUUAAAAAGAUGAGAGAGGCCUGUAAUUUUCAUCAUAGGUACACGUCAACUAUGACAGACAAAAUGAGAAGAAAAAAAUCCAGAAAAUCACAUUGUAGGAUUUUUUAUGAAUUUAUUUGCAAAUUAUGGUGGAAAAUAAGUAUUUGGUCAAUAACAAAAGUUUCUCAAUACUUUGUUAUAUACCCUUUGUUGGCAAUGACACAGGUCAAACGUUUUCUGUAAGUCUUCACAAGGUUUUCACACACUGUUGCUGUAACACUCUGGCUCCGGGACUUUUGUAUUUGAGCCAGGGUGUAUUGUGUUUUGUUGGGUUUUGGGUGAUUUUCUAUGUUGGUAGUUCUGUUGUGUGUGUUUCUAGGUUUGGUCAUUGACUCCCAAUCGGAGGUAACGAGUGUCAGCUGUCGGCUCGUUAUCUCUGAUUGGGAGCCAUAUUUAUACUGCAUGUUUUCCUGUGGGCAUUGUGGGUUAUUGUUCCGUGUUUCAGUCGUUGUACUGUGGACUUCACGAGUCGUCUUUUGUUUUUGUAUUUCGGUGCUUUUCAAUUAAAGUCAUGUUCGUUCAACGCGCUGCGCUUUGGUCUCCUUCACUCCUAGACGAUCGUGACAGAAUAACCCACCAUAAAAGGACCAAGCAGCGCGUCCAGGAGCAAAGGGUCUGGACAUGGAUGGAACUGUUGGACGGUAAAGGGUCCUGGACUUGGGAGGAGAUCCUGGAUGGUAUGGAUCGCCGACCAUGGAACGAGACGGUGGAGAGGCGACGGCGAGAGGAGCAACGGCAUCGCAGGGCCAUCGUCGGAAGGACGAGAGGCAACCCCAAAAAGUUUUUGGGGGGGGGGCACAUGGCUUGGGCGACUGAGCAGCAGGAGGCUGCCACAAGGCAGAUUCAGAAGGCUACCAGGUUAAGGGGGCUGACGGAGGCAGAGAAGGGACGGAUUCAGGAGGCUACCAGGUUAAGGGGGCGACUGGGAAAGGCAGGGAAGGAAGGUGUAGAGGCAACGGCGAGAGGUACUGGGGUGUGUAACCAGUCCGGUCCGGCCCGUUCCUAAUCCCGAGGUACAGCCAGUAGUGUGUGUCCCCAGUACGGUACGGCCUGUUCCGGCCCCUCGCACUAAGUGUACGGUGCGCGUCGCCCGCCUGUUCCUGAGCCUCAUACGAAGCCUACGGUGCGCGUCGCCAGCCCAGCCCGGCCUGUUCCGGCCACUCGCACCAGGGAUAACGGUGCGCGUCGCCAGCCCAGCCCGGCCUGUUCCUACUCCACGCACCAGGGAUACGGUGCGCUUCGCCAGCCCGGCCCGGCCUGUUCCGGCCACUCGCACCAGGGAUACGGUGCGCGUCGCCAGCCCAGCCCGGCCUGUUCCUACUCCACGCACCAGGGAUACGGUGCGCUUCGCCAGCCCGGCCCGGCCUGUUCCGGCCUCUCGCACCAGAGAUACGGUGCGCGUCGCCAGCCCAGCCCGGCCUGUUCCUGCUCUCCUCCGCACUAGGCCUUAUGUGCGUCCCCAGGGUCCAGCAUGCCCUGUUGCUGCUCUCCGCACUAGGCCUUAUGUGCGUCCCCAGGGCCAAGCAUGCCCUGUUGCUUCUCCCCGCACUAGCCCUGAGAUGCGUGUCCUCAGCCCGGUACCUCCAGUUCCGGCACCACGCAUCAGGCCUACGGUGCGUCCCCAGGGCCAAGCAUGCCCUGUUGCUUCUCCCCCGCACUAGCCCUGAGAUGCGUGUCCUCAGCCCGGUACCAUCCAGUUCCGGCACCACGCCCCAGGCCUACGGUGCGCCUCAGACGGCCAGAGUCUGCCGUCUGCCCAACGGGGCCUGAACUGUCCGUCUGCCCAACGCCGCCUGAACUGCCCGUCUGCCUAAAGCCUGCAAAGCCGCCCGUCUGCCAUGAGCCAUCAGAGCCGUCCGCCAGACCAGAGCCGCUAGAGCCUUCCGCCAGACAGGAUCAGCCAGAGCCUUCUGCCAGACAGGAUCAGCCAGAGCCUUCUGCCAGACAGGAUCAGCCAGAGCCUUCUGCCAGACAGGAUCAGCCAGAGCCUUCCGCCAGACAGGAUCAGCCAAGCCUUCCCGCCAGCCAUGAGCACCAGAUCCGUCGGCCAGCCAUGAGCAACCAGAUCCGGCGGCCAGCCAUGAGCAGCCAGAUCCUCGGGCCAGCCAUGAGCAGCCAGAUCCGUCAGCCAGCCAUGAGCAGCCAGAUCCGUCAGCCAGCCAUGAGCACCAGAUCCUUCGCCUGGCCAUGAGCCGUCCAGCCAGGAUCCGCCAGAGCCAGCCAGCCAGGAUCCGCCCCUUAGCCAGGUGCUGUCCCUUAGCCCGGUGCUGCCCCUAAAUCCCAGGUGGAGUAAGUUGGAGGGUGGUCAUGUGGAGGAGGCUAGGGAAGCGGGUUGGUGACUAAGGUUUGGGGUGGGGACCACGACCAGGGGCCAGAACCGCCACCGUGACAGACGCCCACCCAGACCCUCCCCGAGACUGUAUGCUGGUGCGCCCGGAGUGCGCACCUUUAGGGGGGGGUACUGUAACACUCUGGCUCCGGGACUUUUGUAUUUGAGCCAGGGUGUAUUGUGUUUUGUUGGGUUUUGGGUGAUUUUCUAUGUUGGUAGUUCUGUUGUGUGUGUUUCUAGGUUUGGUCAUUGACUCCCAAUCGGAGGUAACGAGUGUCAGCUGUCGGCUCGUUAUCUCUGAUUGGGAGCCAUAUUUAUACUGCAUGUUUUCCUGUGGGCAUUGUGGGUUAUUGUUCCGUGUUUCAGUCGUUGUACUGUGGACUUCACGAGUCGUCUUUUGUUUUUGUAUUUCGGUGCUUUUCAAUUAAAGUCAUGUUCGUUCAACGCGCUGCGCUUUGGUCUCCUUCACUCCUAGACGAUCGUGACAGUUGCUGGUAUUUUGGCCCAUUCCUCCAUGCAGAUCUCCUCUAGAGCAGUGAUGUUUUGGGGCUGUCGCUGGGCAACACGGACUUUCAACUCCCUCCAAAGAUUUUCUAUGGGGUUGAGAUCUGGAGACUGGCUAGGCCACUCCAGGACCUUGAAAUGCUUCUUACGAAGCCACUCCUUCGUUGCCAGGGCGGUGUGUUUGGGAUCAUUGUCAUGCUGAAAGACCCAGCCACGUUUCAUCUUCAAUGCCCUUGCUGAUGGAAGGAGGUUUUCACUCAAAAUCUCACGAUACAUGGCCCCAUUCAUUCUUUCCUUUACACGGAUCAGUCGUCCUGGUCCCUUUGCAGAAAAACAGCCCCAAAGCAUGAUGUUUCCACCCCCAUGCUUCACAGUAGGUAUGGUGUUCUUUGGAUGCAACUCAGCAUUAUUUGUCCUCCAAACACGACGAGUUGAGUUUUUACCAAAAAGUUAUAUUUUGGUUUCAUCUGACCAUAUGACAUUCUCCCAAUCCUCUUCUGGAUCAUCCAAAUGCACCCUAGCAAACUUCAGACGGGCCUGGACAUGUACUGGCUUAAGCAGGGGGACACGUCUGGCACUGCAGGAUUUGAGUCCCUGGCGGCGUAGUGUGUUACUGAUGGUAGGAUUUGUUACUUUAGUCCCAGCUCUC